AUGACGGCUGAGGAUAGAAAGGACAAGGAGGAUCAUCCUCCGAAAUUUGAGAACGUCGACACGCUGAUCCUUGAUUACCUCAUUUUCCAGGCUACGAAAAGUUCACUAGAGGACUUUCCUUAUAACCUCCAUCAUUUGACAAAGGUUGCAACGUCUCAUGAUGUGGAUUCCUUGGACCUCGUAGGCGCUUUCCUGUCCAUCUUCCAAACGAUUCACGACACUAUACCAACUGGCUCCGAUGUCGAAUUUCGCCUCAGGCUUCUCAAAUUCAGUAUCUUAUUUACAAGACGAAAACUUAAUUUAGAUUCGAGAGAGGCACACAAGAGCAUACACAAUAAGCUUAAGCAAGACAAAAAUGUUAGCCGCAUCGGUAGGACUGGCUCGCCUAUGGAGGUCGUCGACAUUUCCGACGACCAGAUGGACACGGGGGAGAGCACCCAGAAGCACCCGAAUGGCUCCCUGCUAUCAAACCCAAAGCCGACGAUUUCGCUCUUGAAGUCACUUCCUGACUUCAUGGCAUUGUCAGCUGUACAGAAUGCAAGGCAGGCAAAUACAAACAUUACCGAGACAUGGAUGAAAUUAGCGGCAGGUUAUAUGGCACAAGCUGUGAUAGAGCAAAGCCUCGUCUACCAAUCGGAGGAGAAGGAUAUCUUACAGGAGGCCUUCCAAUGGGGUUUCGAUGAGGAGAGUUCGGCAGAGGAAGGCACUGACGCUUUCUUGACGAACAUUAUGUUUUUUGAUGAAGAGGCCGAAGAGGCUAAUGCUACAUGGACGGCCAUCCGAGAUGGCCAUAUGCGUGCGGUAGGGUUGAGUCUGUAUCAGCGUGCAUUCAAAGCACAUACUAAGAUGUGA